AUGUUUGACAACUCUCAGUAUCCAUACAACUGUUUUAAUUAUGAUGGAGACGGAUACCCGUCUGCCAGCACCGAUGAGGAGAAGAAAAUGUGCAGACCUGCUUACAGUUACAUUGCUCUGAUAGCGAUGGCCAUACAGCAGAGUCCAGAGCAGCGGGUCACACUGUCCGGCAUCUACGAGUUCAUCAUGAGACGUUUUCCUUAUUACCGCUCCAACCAGAGAGCCUGGCAGAACUCCAUCCGACACAACCUGUCACUCAACAGUUGCUUCAUCAAGGUUCCACGGACGGAGGGGAACGAGAAGGGCAAAGGAAACUACUGGACAUUUGCCACCGGCUGUGAAUCCAUGCUUGACUUAUUUGAAAACGGAAACUUCCGGCGUCGGCGGCGCAGACGGACCAUGAAGAUCGGCUUCCGUGAUUCUGGAGAGAAUCAUUUCCCUUCGGCAGAAACCCGCCGACGCUCUGAGCCCGACCCCGCCCACUGCCCUUUGACCCCGGACGGGCAGAGGCCGUGUCAGCCACCCAGCCACCUAAUCCACAAUGCCGGUCCUGGAAAACCAGAACCCGAGAUCAAGUUCAGUAUCGACUACAUCCUGUCCACUCCAGACCCGCCCCCGCCGGGGUUCCGACCCCCCCACGGGAACAUCCACCUGGGCCCCAUGGGGCCUCCAGUGCACCUGCUGGAGCCCCAGCACCUCAACCUGCACCUCUGGACCCUGUGA